UGUGAAUGUGUGUGGAACGCACGUGCAAUCUAGCAGACUGAUUUUACCGCGUCGUCUGCUCGGCAAUAAUAGUCAGCUCAAAUUGCCCAAAAAUUGGGAAUGAUGUCUUGCCCAAACUUAAAUUCAUUAAUUGUGCAGCAUUUAUUUAGGAAUGGGAGAUUUCAUUCUGUAUGGAAAUCUGGUCGACCGGUAGUCACGAACAGACAUUCUUUUAGUUCUGAGGCAAAAGAGAUUGUAAUACCUAAAUAUAUUCCGCGGGGUCCCACAGACAUAUUAGAGGCUUUGGCAUCAACGGUCAAGAGAGACCCUACUGGUCCUCAUUACAAGUUCCAUGAUGAUCCAUAUUUGAUUCCUGCAUCAAAUCAUGCCAAGCGUACUUAUGCACUGGCACAGGAAGCAGGAAGGAAAGCUGCCAGUUGGAUCAAACAGGAACAUGCCGAUUUGUUUAAUCAAAGAAAUGCAGAGCCUUUCAUUGAAGCCUUUUCCCCAGUUGAAAAGCUUACCGAAACUACUCCAAUGACAGAAGACUUGUUAAAGAAGUAUAUUAGAACCUCACAAGUUGCAAAUGCUAUCCAUGUCUAUGGAAAGCUUGAUUCAUCAGAAAUUAGUUCAGCAACAAAGCAAUCUUUUUUGGAGUUUAUUUCCUUUUAUAAUGAAGAGGAUCAAUUAAGUGAAGAAUUGAUUGAAGAAAGAUGGUUCAGAAGUGGGGUGAAAGGCAUGAGGGACCAAGUAAAGAGUACAUGGAAGAGCAAUGGACUGGCAGAAAGAAUUUUCAGUGGCUUGGACACAAAAACCCCAGAGGCUUAUCAUGCCCUGAUUUGUGGAAUGGUAAAGCACGGACAAGCUGUGGGUGCAUGGGAGCAUUAUAAUCAAAUGCUAGCCGACGGUUUCCAACCGGAUUUAAUGACCUACAAUAGUAUUUUGAAAAUAAGCGGAAUCAUCAGAGAAGAUGGAGAAUAUAUUAUUUCAUUGAUUGACGAUAUUCUUACAAGUAUGGCUCAUGCUGGAAUAAAGCCAGACGUCCGUAGUUUGAAUGCCGCUUUGCAGUCCAUUUCUCGUAUGCCAAUAACCCGAGUAGCUCGUGAAAAGGCAUCAAGAUUGAUGUCAGAUUUCAAGUCUAUUGGAGUUAAACCAUCUUUAGGAACUUACACCUCCCUCCUCAAGAUCUUCUGUCGAGAUAAGGGGCCAAGGAGUAACAUUCUUAUAGACAUUGUUCGCAGAAUUGAAAACGAAAUGCCACCAAUUCAAGACGUAGAAGACGUCACUUUCUUUAGCGAGGCUAUGAAAAAUUGCAAUUAUCAUUUAGACGACGUGCAAUUGGCAAAAAGACUACACAGCCUUCUUUCCUCAUCUCAGAACCAAGUUUUCAUCGGAGAUUCCUACAAGGAGUCUGUCUACUAUCGUAGCUUUCUGCUUCUUCUCAGCCGAGCUGAAGGCCCAGAAGCUUUUAUGGAAAUGUACCGUCAUCUGGUCCCCCACAUUUACACGCCCGAACAAAACGUGUUUGAGAAUGUCAUCAAGUCCAUAUCCAGUUCCUCGGCCAUCCAAUAUGUUCCCGAACUGUGGAGCGACGCCCGUUAUUUUGAUUUGUCUGAAAGGGAUUCGGUUCUAGAGGCUCUUCUGGAGGCUUUGACUUGCGGUUCAGGACCGGACCCUACGAUCGCUAUAGAUAAAAAUGACGUCGAUCCUGUUUUAGCUACAGCUAGAGCGAUCAUGUCCCACAUCAAUCAAGUUAUAAAAACAGCCGAAGAGAAGGAUCGAACCAUUUCUUUGCGGUGGACCGGGUCGAUGCUCGGCAAUCUGAUGAAAGUUUUUCUCCAAUACGGCGACUUGGACUCUGCGGAUGAAGUUAUGAUCAAAGUCAACCAAUUGAAGAAUCAGUUGUCCUCCUACUUCCCGUUGGCAACGUUAAACAUUUUCAUUGAGAAAUGUAUUGAGCGCCAGAAUUCCGCAACAGCUUUGAUGGCGAUCGACUACGCCGCCGAAAUGGGAUACGAAAACGUCACGACCAUGGCGCAGAGAAUCAGCGAACAAUUAAAGCUCGACGAGAAGCAGCAACAGAAGCUUAGCAGCAUCCUUAGUAACGCCCCCGCUCCAGCAGAGGCAUCUUAACAGACUUUGUUCUCACAAGUCUAUCAAUACAAAUGAGGUCGUAGCGUGUUAAA